CUUAUUAAUUUUAUUUAACACUCAAACCAUUUGUAGAAUCAUUUCACCUUUGGUCAUUGCAUCAUAGACCACGUGACUUAGUUAUCACUUCGCUCUCGUUUCGCGACUCAUUGUUUCUUACGCGUCAAGAGGCUCCUCAUGCCACCUGAACGCCCAAAUGUACCGGUGAAGUUGUCUCUGCCCUUGCAAUACCAGCAGGACAUCUUCACCGAACUGCGCUCGGAGGAUGAGUUGGUUAUUCUUGCCCGCGGCUUGGGGCUACUCCGCCUGGUAACAAAUUUGUUACAUUUCUAUGAUGCUGCGGGGAAUAAUUUGGUGUUGGUUGUUGGUGCUGAUGACCGAGAGAAUGAAUGGAUCGGAGAAGCGUUGGCAGAACAUUAUGCCAUCAGCAAGACCCCUCUUGCCAGGGGUCUGAAGGUUAUCAAUACCGAGAGAGCCUCGAUUCCUAUGCGAGAGAAGAUCUACGCAGAGGGUGGCAUCCUGAGUGUGACAUCCAGGAUACUCGUCGUAGAUCUAUUAUCAAAGCUCCUUGACCCCGAGAAGAUCACUGGAAUGGUAGUUUUGCAUGCGGACAAGAUUGUGGCAACCUCUCUCGAAGCUUUUAUCGUCCGAGUCUAUCGGCAAGUCAAUAAAAUUGGCUUUCUCAAGGCCUUGUCGGACUCACCGGAGCCAUUCACAACAGGGUUUGCCCCCUUAGCCAAUUCGAUGCGAAACCUCUUCCUACGCAAGACAUCACUAUGGCCGCGCUUUCAAGUGUCUGUCGCAGAAUCCUUGGAGGGUCAUAGGAAGGCGGAAGUAAUCGAGCUGGAGGUUCCAAUGAGUGAUAAGAUGCGAGAGAUCCAGAAUGCUGUUCUAGAAUGUGUGGAGAUAAGCAUCGGCGAGUUGAAAAAGUCCAACACGGGCCUUGAUAUGGGUGACUGGACCUUGGACAGCGCUCUGCAUAGGAGCUUUGAUAUUUCAAUAAGGCGUCAGCUUGAUCCAAUUUGGCAUCGUGUGAGCUUUAGGACCAGGCAGAUCUGCAGCGACUUGACGGAUCUUCGGGCGAUCCUCCACGCAUUACUCACAUACGAUGCCGUGUCGUUCGUCAAGUAUCUUGAUACCAUAGUGACGGCCCAUUCGCCACCGCCUGGGUCAACAAGGCAUAGUCACUCACCUUGGCUGUUCCUUGAUGCAGCACAUGUUCUUUUCCAGACAGCAAAAUCCAGGGUUUAUGAAGGAAAGAUAAGCAACGACGCGGCUCGCUCAUUGACUUCUUUUCCCACCACCCUUAAGCCUGUUCUGGAAGAACAACCUAAAUGGGGUGUCCUAGCGGAGGUGCUAGAAGAGAUUGAACACGAUGCAUACAUCAACCCAGUCAAUAUAGAUGAAUCGAACAGCACAAUUCUGGUCAUGUGCAACGACCAAAGGACCUGCCGGCAGCUUCGAGAAUACCUAGGAACUAUGCAUGCCAAGGUUGAUACCGAAAGCCAAGGGGAUAUUGAUGAUGCAGAUGGCAACAAUGAAGGCAAAGCUUCUGCAGAGGUAAUGAUGCGAAGGAGACUAAGAGAUUACCUCGACUGGAAGACUUCUCUGUCGAAUGUGAACCGGAACCUCUCUGCGAAACCUGCAGACGACCCACAACCCGGGAAGAGUCAAGAAUCAUCGGGAAGCCAGAACCAGCAACAAGGAAGAGCUCCUCCCAGCAAGCGUCGCCGAGUACGCGGUGGUGGUGCACCCUCCUCAGCAGCGGGACGCGUACCGAAUAGCACUGUGCAGACCGAGGUCGAAUUGCCCGGCCAAGUGACAAGCCUGCUGGACGAGAUUCAACCCACAGAAGUCGAGGAGACUCAAAAGGAGGAAAUAAUCAUUGAUGACCUCGAAGACAUGGAGGACUUCUAUGAGCUAUAUGAUAUGGAUGACUUGAUCGUGGUACAUCCUUACGAUGGCGAUAUGGAUGAACACAUUCUGGAGGAAGUCCGUCCACGGUACAUAAUCAUGUACGAGCCGGACUCUGCAUUCAUUCGACGUGUGGAAGUAUACCGUAGCUCUCACGUUGGAAGGAAUGUGAGGGUAUACUUUAUCUAUUACGGUGGCUCAGUCGAAGAACAAAGGUAUCUGAGCGCAGUGAGACGCGAGAAAGACGCUUUCACGAAGCUCAUCAAAGAGAAAGGCAGCAUGGCCGUCACAAUCACCCAUGAUAAAAGCCUCGAAGAUCCCCAAGAGCAGUUCCUCCGAACAGUGAAUACCCGCAUUGCUGGAGGAGGCCGACUGGCCGCGACGGCCUCACCCCCUAGGGUUGUGGUUGAUGUUCGAGAAUUCCGGAGUGCUCUUCCAUCUCUGCUGCAUGGCAACAAUAUGAUCAUUGUUCCUUGCCAGCUGACAGUAGGCGACUACAUCCUUACUCCAGACAUCUGUGUUGAACGCAAGUCUGUCCGUGACUUGAUCACAUCUCUUCGAAAUGGCCGUCUCUACAACCAAGCAGAGACCAUGCUACAAUACUACAAGAACCCCCUACUCCUAAUCGAAUUCGACCAGAACAAAUCCUUCACCUUCGACGCCUUCGCAUCCGCAACAACACCCGGCACAACGUUUCUAACUGAUUACGGCUUCUCCUCCUCCGGCACCGGUACCACUUCCAUCUCUACAAGCAGUUCCCUCGUCAAUCCAUCUAGUCCCAAAUCCGCCCAGCACCUCCUCGUUCUUCUUACACUCACCUUCCCCCGGCUGAAAAUCAUCUGGUCCUCUUCUCCUUACCAGACUGCCGAGAUCUUCGCCGAGCUCAAGAAGAAUAGCCCUGAACCAGACCCCCUUAGAGCCGUCCAACUCGGUCUCGACGUUAAUAUCCUCGACUCCUCGCAUUCGGGUGAUGUCAUGGCUGCGGCGGGUGUUGAACAUCGCACUUUUAAACUUCUCCCCCAGGAUAUGCUUCGUGCUGUUCCGGGCGUGGCGCCCAAUGUCCUUGAGCGGUUGAUUCUUGAGACGGGUAAUAUCAAUGAGAUUGCGAAUAUGGAUGUUGACCAGCUUGAUCCUUUGAUUGGGAAAGAAGCUGCCCGGAAAAUCGUCGGGUUCUUUCGUAAGAGUGUCUUUGAUAAUAGCUAGCAUUUUAUCUACGUGGUAUUUUGACAUGGUGACCUAAGUGUUGGCUAUCCCGCCCUCGAAGCGGGCAUAUAUACUGAAAUCAAUUACUUUUACAUGUAAAGCAUAAUGUUCUUAACCGUUUUUUAUUCUCGUAACCUUAUUCAUAAAUCUAU